AACGUUUCAAUCGCUAUGCUUACUCCUACACCUCGCGUUCCUGCCGGGUGGACUGCAACUAAUGAGGCGCUCUAUGUCAGGCCGAUGGUUGGCUCCGAGUCCGACAUGGCCUGGGUCGCUCGCGCACUUGACGGAGAAUGGGAUUGCUGCCUCGGUUUCACACUCGCCACAAAUAUCGCCGACCUCCCUGGAGCUGUCACAGAGGCUUUGGUUCGCUUGAGAUUUUUCACUCCCCUCAUUGCAGCGGAUGUGCAGCCCCGCCCGGAGUUUCCGGACAAACUGUUCUGGGUAUAUAAGCCAAUGAAAAGCAAGGAAGAUGCCCUCGCGUGGGCCAAGGCAACCCUCACCGUACACGAGACUACCGCGACAGACCAACAGAUAAUCAACACCAUUACCGGCACCCGGCUUCCGUACCACGUCCUGGAACAUGACCAAAUUUUCGGUUGUCACCUCGUCCUGCGUCCGAGCGGCGAAAACGCUCUAUUCAUGCAUGGGACCCAUGCUCUACUCGAUGCUCGUCCCUGCUUGAACGCCUUCCGACGCCUGUUCCAAGCAAUCGUUCAUCGUGACGAGGAGCCCUCUCUUGAUGAGCUCACAUACGGUGCCGAGGUCUCUAGCCUCCCUGUAGACAUUGUUCAGCAUGUUGGCCCGGAUCUACUAGAGGCGGCGAAGACGAGCGGAUUUCAGCUGUCGGAACAGCUUGACAAGAGCCGGGGCUCAAUUGGAGUUGCUCCCCAGAGGGAAAAAGCCACUGUGCACGCUCGCUGUGAGCGCGUCGGAGCCGGUAUCGAUGCUGAAACGACGGCCUGCUUGCUAGCCGCCUUGAAGAAAGAGGGGUUUACCGCGACCCUACUCUGCGAUGCAGCGAUCGCUCUUGCGACAAUUAAGUACAACGCUCACCUCGGCGUUGACUUGCAAUAUAUUCACGAAAUUACCGUAAUCUCACUUCAGAGAUACUUCCCGGUCGACUAUCCAACUGAACAGCACUUCGCGUCAAGUUUAAUAUGUGUGCCUCUCGCCGUCUCUACAUGCAGCAUCAACAGAGAAAGGCCCCUCCGCGAUCAACUCAUUGAGACCAUGUCUAUCCUGCGCAAAGAAUAUGACGCCUAUCUCGAGCAACCGACUCUGCCCUUCAUCAAUAUUGUGGCUGGUAUUAUGCCAUAUCCGGGGAAAGUAGACUCCCACCGCCCCGUCUUCACCAACAUCGGCGCCGUCGAUUCCUUCGUUCCGCCCAUGUGGGGCGGAAAGGGCGGCGAGCCGCACCUAGAGCUCCGUGAGAUGAAGCUUGGACUUCGCAUCACCGCGAGUCCAUCCCCAGUCCUGCAUGCAUGGACGUUCCGAAAUGUAUUCCAGUGGCAGAUUCAAUCCAUGGAUAUAUAUGAUGCGGAGUUCCUACAGGCGUUCCUUGACGAAGUUAUUGCAACCAUGCUGGCUAUUUUGGAAUAACAAUGGCACUAGUGCACGCCUUAACAAUUAGUAGCUUUCAAGUCGGAGGUGUACUGGUACUUAGGACGCAUUGUCGAUGCCGAAAUAUGCCAUAAACUUGUGAUCUGGUC